UGUAAGCUCAUCCUUGUGUAGACAAUCGUAUAUGAGCAGCGGAAGCAUGAGGACGUUAGAAGACCCCUCGGGGACCGUCCUGCACCGGCUCAUCCAGGAGCAGCUGCGUUACGGCAACCUGACUGAGACCCGCACGCUGCUGGCCAUUCAGCAGCAGGCCCUGAGGGGUGGGGCUGGAGCUGGCGGCUCGGGGAGCCCCCAGGCCUCCCUAGAAGUCAUGGCACCCGAGGACAACCAGGGCGUUCAGCAGGCCACCAGGCAGGAGCCCCAAGGCCAAGAGCACCAGGGUACCGAGCCCCACCUGGCAGAGAACAACCUCUAUCGGCUGUGCCCACAGCCCAGCAAAGGCGAGGAGCUGCCUACCUAUGAAGAGGCCAAAGCCCACUCUCAGUACUACGCGGCCCAGCAGGCUGGGCCCCGGCUGCAUGCUGGGGAUCGGGAUCCUCGGGGUGUCCCCGGUGGGAGCCGCAGACAAGACGAGGCCCUGCGGGACCUGAGACACGGACACGUGCGCUCCCUGAGUGAAAGGCUCCUGCAGCUGUCUCUGGAGAGGAAUGGUGCCCGGGCUCCCAGCCACAUGAGUUCCUCCCACAGCUUCCCACAGCUGGCCCGCAGCCAACAGGGCCCAGCACUCCGGGGUCCCCCUGCGGAAGGGCCAGAACCCCGUGGGCCCCCACCUCAAUACCCACACGUUGUGGUCGCCCAGGAAACCACCGCCGUCACUGACCCCAGAUACCGAGCUCGAGGGAGUCCACAUUUCCAGCAUGCAGAAGUCAGGAUCUUGCAGGCCCACGUGCCUCCCGUGUUCCUCCAGCAGCAGCAGUACCAGUACCUGCAGCAGCCCCACGAGCCUCCCCCACCCCCACACCCAGCCACUCUUAACCAUGGCCCCUUGGGCUUCCUCAGUCCACCCGCCGCAGAAGGGUCCGCCGGUGCCCAGGCCGCCUCGGCCACCCCGGGCAGUGCCCACCUGGCCCAGAUGGAGGCUCUUCUGAGGGAAAAUGCCAGGCUGCAGCGGGACAAUGAGAGGCUGCAGAGGGAGCUGGAGAGUUCUGCGGAGAAAGCAGGCCGCAUUGAGAAGCUCGAGAACGAAAUCCAGCGGCUGUCCGAGGCUCACGAGAGCCUGACCCGGGCCUCUUCCAAACGCGAGGCCCUGGAGAAAACCAUGCGGAAUAAGAUGGACAGUGAAAUGAGAAGGCUUCAGGACUUCAACCGCGAUCUGAGAGAGAGGUUAGAAUCUGCAAACCGCCAUUUGGCAAGCAAGACCCAAGAGGCCCAAGCCGGCAGUCAGGACAUGGUGGCCAAGCUGCUUGCUCAAAGCUACGAACAGCAGCAGGAGCAGGAAAAGCUGGAGCGGGAAAUGGCCCUGCUGCGCAGCGCCAUCGAGGACCAGCGGCGGCGUGCGGAGCUGCUGGAGCAGGCGCUGGGCAACGCUCAGGGCCGGGCUGCCCGAGCCGAGGAAGAACUGCGGAAGAAGCAGGCCUACGUGGAGAAGGUGGAGCGGCUGCAGCAGGCCCUGGGGCAGCUGCAAGCUGCCUGCGAGAAGCGGGAGCAGCUGGAGCUGCGUCUGCGCACGCGCCUGGAGCAGGAGCUCAAGGCCCUGCGAGCGCAGCAGAGACAGACAGGCACUACCACCCCCGGUGGUGUCAGUGGCAGCGGGGGCGGCGGAGGCAGCCAUGGUGGAUCCCAAGAGCUCAGUGCCCUGCGACUGUCAGAACAACUGAGGGAGAAAGAGGAGCAGAUCCUGGCGCUGGAGGCCGACAUGACCAAGUGGGAGCAGAAGUAUUUGGAGGAGCGGGCCAUGAGGCAGUUUGCUAUGGACGCAGCCGCCACGGCGGCCGCCCAGCGGGACACCACGCUCAUCCGCCACUCCCCUCAGCCCUCACCCAGCAGCAGCUUCAACGAGGGUCUGCUCUCGGGUGGCCACCGGCACCAGGAGAUGGAAAGCAGGUUGAAGGUCCUCCACGCCCAGAUCUUGGAGAAGGACGCCGUCAUCAAAGUCCUCCAGCAGCGCUCCAGGAAAGACCCCGGCAAGACCACGCAAGGGUCCCUGCGGCCUGCCAAGUCGGUGCCAUCUAUCUUCGCAGCAGCAGCAGCAGUGGCAGGAACUCAAGGCUGGCAAGGACCUGAGUCCGUCAGUGAGCAGCUGUCAGCCCGGCUGACGGGAGACAGAGCACCACCCAUGGAAGAACCAGUCGCCACAGCCACCCCUGCCACUCACACCAAACAUGGGAGCCGAGACGGCAGCACCCAGACCAACGGCCUGCCGGACAGCACCCCCCACACCUGCCUGGCUCCAGAACCCAGUAGCUUCUCGGGGUGCAGCAAUAGCCAGAGGACAGCUUCUCUAGACUCCGUAGCCUCAGCCCGAGUCCAGGACCUGUCAGACAUGGUGGAGAUUCUGAUCUGAAAGGAAGGAGAAGGGGUUUCUUGAGGACCCCGAAUCACGCCCUCAUCACUGCCAUUCUCCGCCAUUCCAGCCGCCCCCACCUCCAACUGCUGGCUUCUCCUCCACUUUUCCUCAGCCGUCGACUGUCCCAAUCCUGGGAGCUCAGGGAGAGGAAUAUUGUUGGGCAGAGAGGAGCUGAGCAAGCUCAGCACUCUGGAAGACUCCUCUCUGUUAGGCCAUCUUCUCCUGGCACCUAUGAAGAAGGAAGAUGCAGCUUUCACCACCUGGAUGGGUGAAAGGAGUUGAGUUGAGGCCUCGCCUGCCCUGCCUGUUCAUCAAUACAGAGAGAACGAGGGGAAUGUGUUCGUCUGGAAAGCCGAUUCCCAAGACUGGCACCAGCCAACCUCACCCGCUGUUCAGUUCCUCAUGGCUUUCUUGGGAUCGCUGGGACUUGAAUCUAUUUUGAAGACUGUUUCAAGGGCAUGAGUGUUGCAGACAUCACCGCCCUUCACUUGGUGUGGUGUACGGGGGACCGUGUGUAGUCGUAAUUUGUAUAUAGUUCCCUUUUCUCCGGGAACAGAAGAUUGAAGCAUGCUGGUUCAGAUUCAUGUCCCUGGGCUGUGUGGCCCAGCCCUGCUGUCACAGUUCUGGAAACUUUCUUUCUCACUGGAUUCCCAGUCAACUUCUCCUUCUCCUCCUCCUCUUCCUCGAAUGUUUGGCCCAUGAAUUUUGAUGCUGGCUAAUUCUUGAGAUAGGGACUGACUGCUUUUCUCCUCCAUGUGGAGCCCUAGUUAACGAGGUGACUUGGCAUCACCAGCCUCUCUCCAUGUGACUCCACAGUUCCUGUCUUCUGGGACGUCCUGUUGAUUGGGUGAUACACUGAGCCAGAUGAAAUGAGCCACCAUACAACAGGCCAUCUGGGGGCCUGGGGGGCCCCUUACCCAGCACCAGUUUUGAAGAAACGCGACUUUGUGGUUUUUGUGCUGUUGAAAAUUAGUCAGUGAGCUUACAAGACAUGGUCCAAAAUGAGUGGAAGCUCUUAGAGG